AUGUAUUGGCAAAAAGUGAAUCGUGUUGACAAGAUUGCUGAAUCCAUGCCCGUUAAUAGAUACUUCCUGCUUCGUAAUAGCUUACACGUGAAUGCGGCUAGACAACCUCCUACUGGAGAAAAUUGUAAGUUUUGGAAGGUGAAGCCAGUUAUUAAUGCAGUUCGAAAUCGUUGCAUCCAGUUGCCUCGUGAGGAAUUCAAUGCGGUUGAUGAGCAAAUGAUUCCUUUCACUGGUAGAGUACCUGCUAAACAAUUCGUCAAAGGUAAACCCAAUCCUGUUGGUCUCAAGAAUUUUGUUAUUUGUGGUAAAUCUGGGCGAGCAGUCGAUUUUGAAAUUUAUCAAGCUGCCGGCACAGGAACUAAGCAUCUUGGUCUUGGUGCAUCUGUGGUUCUACGCUUGGUGGAGGCCAUACCAAAACAAAAGAACUGCAAAAUUUGUUUUGACAAUUAUUUCACCGGAAUUCCACUGAUAAGAGAAUUAAAAUCAAGAGGCAUUCAUUCACUUGGAGUUGUUAAAAGCAAUCGACUGAUGGGGUGUGAACUAAAAUCUGAAAAAGACCUCAAGAAGAAAGGAAGAGGUGCAAUCGAUUACAAGGUAUCAGACAAAGGUGAUAUUUGUGUAGUCCGUUGGAUGGAUAAUGGCGCUGUAACACUUGCUUCAAGCUUCGCUGACGUUGACGAAGAGGAUCAGGUGCGAGGGUGGAGAGCCAGCACAAAAGAACACAUCAUUGUAGAAAGGUCAAAAUGUGUUCAGGUGUACAACGAUAAUAUGGGAGGAGUCGAUAAACUAGAUUUCCUCAUUUCGCUGUACAGGACCAAAGCUAAAACAAAGAAGUGGCCAGUUAGAGUAAUUUUCCACUUCAUGGAUUUUGCGCUAGCGAACUCGUGGCUAGAAUAUCGCGAUAUUGAACGAGCAAAUGGAACUCCAAGGUCACGCAUCAUGGACCUACUGGAAUACAGAAGCGAGGUUGCAUUUGCUUUGCUCAAAGCUAACGUGUUUACCACGGCGUUGGUGAAGAGUCCCAGUGUCGGAAGACCGCGUUCUACUUCACAACAAGUUCAAACAGAAAUACAAGUGCCACAUUUGGCUAAGAGGCGCAAAUCAUCAGAGCGACCUGUUGGAGAUGUUAGAUAUGAUGGUUUUAUGCAUUUUCCAUCUUGCAUCAAUGGAUUAGGCCAGAGAUGCAAAUACGAGGGUUGCAAUGGAAGAAGUAGAGUUAAAUGCAACAAGUGCAACGGCUUCUUGUGCCUCACAAAAGAGAAGAAUUGCUUCUUGAGUUUUCAUAGCAAGUGA